UUUCCCCAGUGUAAAUUGACUGUGGAUUGGAUCGUACUGAAGUCCUAUCGUCAUCCAGUGGAUGCUGCUCCUGUCGCACGUGGACUCUGAGAGAUAACAGAUAGGACUGUAUGGCAAGCCUUUUUAACAUUUAAAAGCUAAGUUUGACUAUCCGGAAUUAACAUUGUAGAUAUCAACAACGUCUUUCUGACUAGUCGUAAUUACAUUUUGGAUAGUUGGAAUUGUCAUUCAAGAUAUCUGUAACGUAAUUGUGACUAGUCGAAACUACAGUUAGAGAUAUCUGUAAUUCAGUUUUGACUAGGCAAAACUGAAUUACAGAUAUCUGCAAUGACGUCAUUGGAAACGACAUUCAACUCGUCACACAUCUUAAAUGACAAUUGCGGAUAUCUGUAAUUCAGUUUUGACUAGACAGAAUGAAAGUUAAAGAUAUCUCAAACGUCAUUAUGACUAGUGCAAAUUAUUGUGCAUGACGUUGCUCUAUUUUAGAUAUCCAUAAAUACGUAAUUCCCCCUCCCCGCCAUAAUCAAAGUGAAUGGAUAAACGAGCAGUCAUGGCGUUGGCUGUAAUCGAAAAAACCACCAGAAAAUGGCAUGAAAUUGAACGAGCCCUCACACAGGGGAUUUGUGGAGAGAGAGAACGUCGUUCUAUUGAAAACUGUGAAAGAAAUCUCGGAAGAAUUGAGCAUUUGCUGUCACCAGACACAAACAACGAACUCAAAAGCAGUUUGGCUCAACUGAAAACUCUAAUAGACGCAAAUUUCCGUGCUGGGGAAGACCGACGUUUCUCUGUCAGGUGCAUUAGUUCAGGGAGAAGAGGCCGACCAGCCCUUGAUGUUACCAGAGAACACAUUGAAUUUCUGCUGAAGCAAGGCCAUACAAUUGCAAAAACUGCUGAAAUACUGGGAUGCUCCUCAUCAUUUCUGUACAAGAAGUCAAAGUUGAUGGGUAUACCUGUUAGAAGUAUGCUGUCUGCAAUAGAUGAUGGUGAACUAGAACAACAUGUGAGGCAACUUCAGAGCCAAUAUCCUAAUUCUGGAAAUGAGAUGAUAAGAGCUCUGUUGCGCGCACAGGGUGUGCUUGUUACACGGUCCAGAGUGCGUGAGAUGUUGACAUGGGUAAAUCCUACUGCUACUGCAAGGAGAUGGAGCCAGACAGUUGCAAGACGUGUUUAUCAUGUACCUUACCCCAAUAGUUUGUGGCACAUUGAUGGGAACAUGCGUCUGAUCAGAUGGGGCUUUGUGAUUCAUGGUGCAAUUGAUGGAUACUCCCGUCUGAUUACUUACCUCAACUGCAGCACAGACAAUCGUGCCACAACAGUGCUUUCUCAGUUUUUGAAAGCAACAUGCCUCUAUGCCCUACCGUCAAGAGUCAGAUCUGACCAUGGUGGUGAAAACAUCCUUGUGGCUUUAUUCAUGCAUCUAGUUCAAGGACUUGAACACAGAGGUUUCAUAACCGGACAAUCCGUUCACAAUCAGAGAAUUGAACGCCUUUGGCGUGAUGUAUUUUUGCAUGUGUUGCAGCACUUUUAUCUUAUGUUCUACUCCUUAGAGGAUUCAGAGGUUCUAAACCCAGAUGAUGAUGUCCACAGACUUUCACUGCAUAUUGUUUAUCUUCCUGAGAUUCAAAAAAGACUGGAGCAGUUUAGACAGGCCUGGAACCUCCAUCCGUUGCGAACUGAAAAUAAUUGCACACCAACUCAACUCUGGACAGAGGGCAUGCUCAAAAACAUUGCAACAGACAGCACAGCUGUCAACAAUGUGUUUGGGGAAAAUCCCUACAGCGACCAAAACAUUGAUGCCAUCCUAGCGCAGUAUGGAAUUCAAACACUGCCUUCACUUGAUGAGGAAGAGUUCCCAGCUGUUAAUGUAGAGCCACCUCAACUCAUCCUCACUCAGCAACAACAGACAUCUGUACACAAUGCAAUCCAACACAUUUCUGAUCUAAAGAUGAAAUAUCAGGCUUGUUGUACUGCAAUUGUCAGUAUUUUGCAAACUCAGGUAUAGUCCAAUUCCAAGCCCAGAGACAAAAGUUUCUUGGCUGCAUAUAUUAUCCAGGACGGAAAGACAUUUUUAGUUUCAUCAGCUUUAAUCCUCUGAGGACUGAGGGCAUUUCUAUAUAUCUUCAUGAAUUCGUCUUUUAAGGGUAUUUGCAUAUAUAACUGAUACCUACAGAGCCCCGGAGGUGACAUGGAGGAAGAAAAAAAAAAACGUACUUUACAUGGUUUUUUUUUCUUCUUCGUUUUUAUUGUUUUUUUUUCCCCUCAAUGUCACUUCCGGGGCUCCGUAGACCCCAUGUGUUUCAUAUCAAAAUAUUCAGAAUAAACUCAGCUUUAUGCAUAGUGAUGCCCAAAAUUGUUCCAGAUUGUGUGAAGAGAUAAUUUGUCGUAAAGCGGAAAUAUUUCUCAAAUCUCUUGUGAAGCAAACCUAAACUUAAUUGUUUUGGUGCUUGAAAUUAGUUUUUUAAAAGUCUUGGGUUCACAAUAGCAUUAUAUAUGAAUAAAAUGGUAAAUGUCUUACAUUACAUUCUGUAAUAUCCUUUUGAGUAGGAGUUUUGUUAAACAUCACUCGGACAUGCCAGUGCAUCUUUUGCCCUCAGAGUUUAAAAUAAGGCGGUAUGGGUGGUGCAGCUGCAGCUGAUGGAGCUAAUGCCAGGUGUGCUAGAUUUGUGGGUGCCAGUCCAGACAUUGGCAGUAGCUAACAGCACUGUUGGUGUUGUGUUGUUUCUUUAUUUAUAGUGUUGUUAGCUGACAAUAUUUUUAUAGUUCUUUUCUACUUCCAUUGUUAUGAUUUGUAGAAAAAGUGUCUAAUUAGUAUGAAUGAGAUUUAAAUGUUGAAUAAAACUCUUUAAUGUAUGAAAAAUGUAAAACAUCUUAAGGUUUAAAUGUAAUAUGAAUCUAUAGACAAGAUUUGAAAAUGCAUAAAAAAAAUG